CUAUGGUUGGCCAACCUUAUUCUCGUAGCACCUGCUCUUCUGGUUGUUGCGGCGAACAACACAAAGAGAUCAACACCAGUGAUACCGGCGUGCCCCAGACUUCUGACCAAGGGCAAACCGCGAACCCUCGCUCCACUGAGAAACCACAGGAAGCAGACCCCAAUAAACCUAACUGCUGUAAAGAUAAGCCAUCUCCCUGUUGUGAUGUCUCUUGCCUUGAUCGUAUCGCCCUCCGUGAAUGCCAUAAAGAGCAGAUACGAUCAUCUAAUGAGGCAGCUCCAAAGGCUUCGACCCUCAGUUGCCAAAGUCCUGACGGAAGACCAUGUGACCAGCACCGUCGCUCAGCGCGCACCAAAUACAUGGCCACACUGGAAGCUCUGGGCUGUAUUUGCCGUGCUUUGAUAGCCCUCGGACAGGAAUCCUGCUGUGUACCGCCAGGACGCUCCUCCCUUGGUCAAAGCCGUCGCUCUAUUGACUCUUGCUGUGCAUGGGGCAGUCCGGAAUCCGAUAAAUGCCGCAACGGGAGUGUGAGGACUGGAGAGCGUUGCUCAAGCGGCUGCUGCGAUCCUCCUAAGGCUCCUACCGUGGUUAAGCAGUGUCCCUCCACUAGCAAGGGGAAGGCCGUUACCUCCAGCAGCUGUUGCAGUAAAGGUGAAACGUCUGAAUUUGCCAGAUCGCAUGCCUCCACUACGAAGGGUGAGUUGAGCAAUAGCAGGACACUUCCGAAGGGCUGCUGCGGUGAAUCAAAGGUCUAUCCGAGUUCAUCUGCCGAGCGGUGUUCGUCUCCUGAAAAAGGAAUUCCUGGCGCCGCAAAUGCUGAUAGAUCCGGACCUGUUACCUGUUCAACUGGCUGUUGCGGUAAGCCCGCAACAUCUCCAUGCACAAUGACCAAAGAAACAUCUGGCGACUUAAUCGAGGCCAUCCCGGCCGCUGCUACUCCUGACCUAGAAAAAAGAAUGACGGGCCAGGAGCAUGUCGUUUUGAGUAUAUCGGGGAUGACCUGUACCGGGUGCGAAACAAAACUGACCCGAACUUUGGGUACACUGCAGUCCGUUCAGAACCUGAAAAGUAGCUUGGUGCUUUCCCGAGCAGAGUUCGAUCUCGACGUGGGUAUUCAGUCUCUCGAUGACGUGUUGAAGUAUUUGGAAAGGACCACCGAGUUCAAGUACGAGCGAGUCACGGAUCGAGGAUCUCGCGUCGAUGUUAUCACACCCAAUGCCCCUGAGUUCAUGAAGCAAGACUGGCCGCGUGGCGUGACCGAGAUGACACUUAUUGACGAUGGAAGCAUCAAUGUUACUUUCGAUGCGAAGAUAACUGGAGCGCGAGAUCUGGUUGAACAUGGCUGGGGCCGUCCUCUCAGCCUGGCUGUUCCUCUGCCUGACCCGACACUCCAAGCUGGUAUCAAGCAUGUGCGCCAUAUGGGAUACAUGACUAUUCUGUCCAUUAUUUUAACAGUACCUGUCUUGGUCAUGGCUUGGGCUCCACUUCCAGAGAGGGAAACCGCCUAUAGCUCUGCAUCGCUGGCACUGGCGACAGUUGUUCAAGUUGUCAUUGCGGGCCCGUUCUACCCAAAAGCAUUGAAAGCCUUAGUCUUUUCUAGGAUUAUUGAGAUGGACCUGCUCAUUGUGCUGAGCACGAGCGCCGCCUACAUCUUCUCAGUAGUUUCAUUUGGAUAUUCCAUUGCGGGCCAGCGACUCUCCACUGGUGAGUUCUUCGAGACCAGCACGUUGCUGGUUACUUUGAUAAUGGUUGGUCGGUAUGUCGCCGCACUUGCUCGUCAGAAAGCCGUCGAAUCCAUUUCGCUUCGGUCACUUCAGAAGCCUACUGCUAUCCUCACGGAUUACUCCGGGUCAAGUGAAAAAGAGAUUGAUGUCAGGCUGCUUCAAUAUGGGGACAUCUUCAAGGUCUUUCCAGAUUCUCAGAUUCCUACCGACGGCACAAUUAUCGGAGGCUUGUCAGAGGUCGAUGAGUCAAUGAUUACUGGAGAGUCUAUACCGGUAGACAAGUCCCUUGGAUCUGCCGUUGUCGCAGGAUCUGUGAAUGGAUCUGGAACGUUGAUUGUCAAACUGACGCGUCUCCCUGCUGAUAAUACAAUCUGUACCAUCGCAGGGAUGGUAGAUCAAGCAAAGGUGUCAAAAGCAAAGAUCCAGGAUAUCGCGGACCGAGUGGCGAGCUACUUUGUCCCUGUGGUAGUCGCUCUGACGAUCAUCACCUUCGUGAUCUGGAUUGCAGUGGGCAUUACAGUGCGAAACCAGUCUGGAUCUCGAGCAACCACGGAGGCCAUAACAUACGCUAUCACUGUUCUAAUUGUUUCUUGUCCCUGUGCGAUCGGCCUGGCAGUACCUAUGGUAAUCGUUAUCUCCAGCGGCGUCGCUGCCAAGCGAGGCAUCAUUUUUAAGAGCGCGGAUAGCAUCGAGCUUGCCUUCAAGACUUCCCACGUUGUAUUCGACAAAACCGGAACACUCACCCAAGGCAAACUGAUCGUUGCUAUUGAGCAUAUACACACCAUGAGGGAUUCCAUGCCCCUACUUCUCGGGCUAGUGGGGAGUAACAAGCACCCAAUUUCCGCCGCCGUUACUGCACAUCUGAAGGCCCAGGGGAUAUCGGCGUCUACUGUCGCUGACACGAAACUACUAACCGGCAAAGGUGUCGAAGGGUCUGCACCAGGAGCCAUCCUCCGCGCAGGAAAUUCACGAUGGCUCAACCUCUCGUCCCAUCCGCAGGUCCAAUCUGUCCUCGAACAAGGCUACACAGCAUUUUGUUUCACCAUCAACGACAAUCUCGCCGCCGUCUUUGGCCUAGAAGACUCACUCCGCCCAGACGCCCUCGCAACCAUCACCAAACUCCAGCAACGUGGUAUAUCUGUCCACCUCCUCUCAGGUGAUGACGAUGGCGCCGUCCAGUCCGUCGCAAGGCAGCUCGGCAUCGCAGCUGAAAAUACCCGCUCCCGCUGCACCCCUGCCAGCAAACAGGCCUACAUCGAAGCCCUCCUGGACCCAGUCGAUCAAUCUGCUCCCAAGCGGAAUCCAACAACAAUCUUCAUCGGCGACGGCACAAACGACGCCAUCGCCCUCGCCACCUCCACAAUCGGUGUACACAUGAACCACGAAACCGGCACCGACGUUGCCAAAUCCGCCGCAGACGUUGUGCUGAUGCGGCCCAGCCUACUCAGCAUCCUGACGAUGAUCAACAUCAGUGAGAAGGCGGUGUGGCGGAUCAAGUUCAAUUUCGGCUGGAGCUUUGUGUAUAACUUGUUUGCCAUCUUGCUCGGUGCCGGGGCGUUUGUGGAUGCCAGGAUUCCGCCAGAGUUUGCGGGGCUGGGGGAGCUGGUUAGUGUCUUGCCUGUUGUUCUUGCGGCUGUGCUCUUGAAGUGGGCAAGGGUUUAGGUACGAAGAUACAUAUGGCAAAGGUUUGGAUUCUGUAUCGUGAGGAGUUACGUUGCAUGGUGGGUCAGCUUAUGCAAUUGACAGCCAGCACUGCCAUGGGGCAGGACAAAAGCUCCAUGGCCGCGUCAAACGUAUAUCCAGUUUGGCGCCAAGCAAUUGACAAGCGCUCUUACAUGUCAUAUUUCUGAAGAAGGUAAAGCAUGAAUUUUCAAUGAUCAGGUAUUAGGUCUAAGAUGAUAAUACUG